AUGUCGAGUGCCACCAUUUUUAUUGCUCUGUGCGCCCUUCUGGUCGCGAAUGCGUGUCACGCCGCUGUGGUGUCCACCACUGUGGCGCCAUCAGUGGGAGCCGCUGCUACCGCUGCUACCGCUGGUGCCAUUGGUGCCGUUGAGGCGUCUGUGGUUGAGGAGUCCACUGAAUCUCCCAUUGCCGACAUGGCGCUGAUUGGUAGGCAACCUUUAAAUCCCAGCAAUGCGCCCACCGAUAGGCCACCUGCGGUGGUCAGGGAAGCUUCAGUUGCCACCGCUGAUGACACCAUAAUGGUCAAUCCAGACAGCCUAGGUCAACAAAAGUCCACCCAACCACACACAGUGGCUGACUUCAUCAUUCAUCCAUUGAUCGCCUUCAAGCCCCGCCAAGCGGGUAUUGAGGAGCAGCUCCAGGGCAAGCAGGCCACUCCAGCAAAUACGCCGGCGAAUAACAAUUGGUUCUUCAGCAUGAAUCCUGCCCAGAGUUUGCCGUCCAUCUCCUCGCUGGCUGGUUCCGUCUCCGGUUGGUUCAGCGAUCGUCUGGCUGCAGCUGGUCAGCAAUUGCCUGGCUUAGUGGACACGCCGGUGCGUGAGUCCACAUCGACUAGCACCACAACAACCACCACUCAGCGUCCCGACAUUGUAGUCCGAGUUCAACAGCGGCCCGGACGGCGUCCUGGCUUCAAUGGCAAUGCCAACUUUAAUGGCAAUGGCAAUGGAAAUGGCAACUUCAAUGGCAAUAACAGGAACCGCCAGCGUCCCAACCGCUUCAACAACCGACCCUUCAACAACAAUAACAACUUCAAUCGCCUAGACUCGUUGGAAGACGAUGAGUACUAUGAUGAUUACUUCGAUGACCAUCGUUUCGAUGAUCAUUUUGAAGAUGAAGAGCCCCAAGACGAUGCCAGCAAUGAUACUGACGAGUUCGAAGAUAAUGAGCAUUCAUUAGCGGCCGAUAAUGCUUCGGCCGUCAAUGAGCAAACAAGCAAUAAACAGAAACGUCGUCGUCCUGCUCAGACGCAAGCGCAAACGCAACAAAAGCAGAAGCCGCAGACACAGCGUCGCAAGGUUCAUUCCCAGAGCCAAACUAAUUCUCAAGCUCAGUCCCAGUCCCAGUCGACGCGCCGCCGAGUCCAACCACAACAUAAUACCCAACGCCAGCCCCUGGUGCAGUCUACCAAGCGCCGUCGUCCUGAACAGCAAUCCCAGGUCGCCGCACAGGCUGCAGAGGAUAGCGAAGAGCUGCAAAGUGAGGAUGAGGAGGAUGACGAUGCCGAGUUCGAUGACGAUAGCGAAGAGAAUGUAUACGAUGAUAGCAAUCGCUUCUACUACGGUACACAGUCUGCGGCAGGUGGCAGCGCUUCCAGCGGCUCCUCCCACUCCACACGUCGCUCUCAAAAUCAGCCCACCUUCAUUCAGCGUGGACAGCAAAGCAUCAUUAAUCAGAUCCGUCAGUUUACGCGCGGCCAAACGCCCGGUGAGUUGGGUACAAAACUGAGCAAGCAGGGCAUUAGUGGUGCGACUAGUGGAAACAAGCUGCGGCGUCCCCAGCAAACGACUUUGCUGGUAAAUCGCAACGGCCAGGCGAUAUAUGUGUCACCUGAACUGCUUAGCUUGAGUCCUGUGGCUGUUCCAUCCAACGGAUAUUCCUAUUAUCAGACGAAGAAGACGCAACGCGUUCCUGCAAGCGCUUUCCCGCAACCACCCCUUACAUUGCCGGUGCGUCGUCAGAACCGUCCCACACAAUACAUAACGAUACCGUGGAGUCAGCUGGGUAUAUCUCCCCCCGAUCAGUCUUCAAUCUCGCUUGCUGAAGGGAUUCAGGCGCAGCCUCUAAUCUUAAACAUUCCUCAGAAUGCAAUAAGCGCUGUACCCGUACGGAAUACCAAUGCACAGAAAAGGAAGAAGCGUCCACAGUUGACAGCCGCCGCUAUUCCAUUGCUGGCGGAUGCGUCCCUCAUGGACAUCUUCCAGCCCCCACAAAUUCCGCCAUCACGUACCUCGGCAACAACAACAAAUGCCGCAGCCACGCCACUCCUUAUUGCAGCUAAGCCGUUGAAGAAUUCGGGAUCGCCCAAUUUGCUGCCCACUCGCAUUCGUCCCGGCACUAUUGUGGAGAAGGCACCAGCUGUAUCAGAGACCAUGGAAUCCACGCCCAUGAAGAAUGCGUCAGCCAGUAGCGAAGAACUGGAUGGCAAUAUGUCAGCAGCUGCGGGCACUGCGUCUGCAGAAACAGCUGGUGCUUCUUCCACCCAAGCGGCUGCCCAGGGUACAACUGAGCAACACAAUUCAGAGCAAGAGUACAUACUGGUUGGUGAAGAUGGGGAGCCUGGCCUGAUGCGCAAUGUACAGCCUGCUUUCGGAGAUGCACGCUACGUAGCAUAUGGAGACCUUAAUCCUUACUUCGAUCUGGUACAUCAUAACCGCCGUUUUGCGUUGCGAAAAGGUGGGCGUGCUUUGAGUCUGGCCGAGAAGCUUACCGAGGAACUGCCUGAAGGUGUGGUCGAUACAAAGACAGCGGCCAAGGAGCACUUCAUUCCCGUCGAGGUGGUCAACGACGAUGGGCAAACAAAGGUCGCUCCCGAAAUAAGCGCUGAACAGAUUCCCGAAGCGCAGAUCCCCCUGGAGCUCGACGUCGACUCCUCUGUCAAAAGCACUGAAGUUGUUGAUGGGCAACAGCCUGUGGCAAUUGUCGAGCCCAAUAGUGAGUCCACCAUCGUAGCCCAAGCCAAGAUCGAGUCGGAUAGCAGCGUGCCUGCCCCAUAG